CUCCAGCUUGGUGAAACUCCCUUUCUCUAUUGGGACUUUCUCUCAUCUCAAGAAAUUUAAGAUAAGUGGAUGCUCAAAUCUGGUCAAGCUUUCCUCUUCCAUUGGGAAUGCCACUGAUCUCAAGGAACUGGAUUUUAGUUUUUGUUCAAGUUUGGUGGAACUCCCUUCCUAUAUUGGAAAUGCUACUAAUCUCGAGUUAUUGGAUCUUAGAGGAUCCGGUGAUGCUGGAUCACAGAGGCUACGGUCACUGGAAAACUCGGAUGAUGCAGUUAAUCAGAGGACAUGGAGAGGACGCCUGGACUGCAGUUGAAGAUGGCUGGGAACCUCCGUUCAGCACAACAGAAGACAGUCUGAAAGUGAAGAAACCAAAAGCUAACUGGACUGAUGCAGAAAAGAAUUUAUCCAAGUUCAAUGCAAGGACUAUGAAUGCUAUCUAUUCAUGCCUUGAUGAUGAUGAAUUCAAUCUGGUUCAAGGAAGUGAGAAUGCUAAACAGAUGUGGGAUAUUCUGCAGAAAACCCAUGAGGGCAACACUGGUGUAAAACGCACCAGGCUGGACCAGUUGGCUACAGACUUUGAAAAUCUGAAGAUGGAUCCUUCAGAAACAAUUGUUCAGUUCAGUUCUAAGCUGAGUGGGAUUGCAAACGAAGCAAAAUCAUUAGGGAAAACGUACAAGGAGAAAAAGCUGGUGAAGAAGAUGCUUCGUUGCCUACCACCGAAAUACGCUGCACACAAAGCUGUCAUGAGAGUUUCAGGAAACACAGAUACCCUGAAAUAUGAAGAUCUGGUUGGGAUUCUAAAGUCUGAAGAGAUGGAAGUUGCUGAAGAUCAACGAAAUCAGAACAAAGGAAUAGCGGUCAAAGCUGAUGAAGAAAAGGGUCCAGAUCCGCUGCAAGAAAUCAGAGACAAUCUGUCUUUCAUGGCCAGAAAUUUUAGAAAAGCUUUGAAACAGAUUGAAGAGGGUAAGGACAGAGACAGCAGGGACACAAGAGAGAUCAGUCGCUGGAACAGAAGUGAUGCUGAAAAGUCAGGCAGCAGGCCUAUAAGGAGCGAAUCAUCAGGAAGGAAACGUGAUCUGAAAUGUCACGAGUGUGGAGGUAUAGGACAUACUCGACCUGAAUGUCCUAUGGCAAGACGCAAGGAGCUGAAGUGCUAUGAGUGUAAUGGAUUUGGUCAUGUAAAAUCAGAAUGUCCAAGUUCACAGAAAGGUAAAGAGAAAUCUUUGUUGAGCUUCAGUGAGUCUGAAUCAGAUAGUGAUGGUGAAGCUGAACCUAUGCUGAAUUUUGUGGCAUUCAGUGCAAAAGAUCAGAAUAACUCCAGUGAGGAUUCUGAUUCAGAUAAUGAUGAUGGAAAUCAGAUCACCAGUGACGACUACAAGACUCUGUAUGACAGCUGGAUCUCUCUGAGCAAUGACAAGCUGCAGCUCACUAAGGAAAACUUGAUGCUGGUGGCACAAGUGAACAUGCUGAAAGAAGAAGUAGAGGAAGAAAAAAUUGGCGAGAAGCUACCUGUGUCAGAAAAGGAGUUUCUUGAGAAGAAAAUGAAAUGCUUACUUGAGAGCUAUGAAAAGGAGAAAGAAAAAGCUUUAAUGAUGGAAAGAGAACUGAGUGAGAACCACAAGAAGAUCAGAAUGCUGAAUAAUGGUGGUAAAAAUCUGGAUCAGAUUCUGUCAUGGGAAUAGUUGGUUCAAGUCAUAGAGGAUUGGGCUAUCAUUCAUAUGCUCCCAAAGCAUCUCUGGAUAUGCCAAAGACAGUUCAGUUCGUGAGGAGUACAACCUAUCAUGAUGAAGAAGCUCAAGUGGAAGAGAAACAACAGCCUAGGAAGGUGAAUCAGAAUGCUCCACAGAAUACGACUGUACAAUACAAGAAGACUGCACCAAGAAAGAUUGUACCCAGAAAGAACUGGACCAGGUCAAACAGAGGUCGAAAAGUGUUUGAAUGUUUCUAUUGUGGAAAACCAUGUGAUAUAAGAAGGUCUUGUUAUAAGUUUCAAGACAAGAUCAAGCAACUGUGGCAAGCACGGAAAUGCUUUAUUGAACCAUCCAAGUUUGGUAAAGUCUGGGUUCGCAAGAUAGACCUGUACAACAAAGAUUCAAAGCAUGAUGAGAAACAGUACAACAAAGCAGUCUCUGAAUCUGAAGAAAUCAGUCUGACCUGUAACGUGACGAUUGUACAACUGGAUGAGUCUGAUAAAGAUGAGGAGUUCACUGCAAAGGUAGCUUACACAUCUACAGAUGGAACUACAAAUAACCCUUGGUACUUUGACAGUGGCUGCUCAAGACACAUGACAGGUGAUUCAAGUGUUCUGUCAACCUUCACAGAAGAGGCCAGUGGAAAAGUUACAUUUGGUGAUGGUGGUAAAGGACGUAUAAGAGGCAAAGGAAACAUCGAAUGUGAUGAUCAAUCAUCACUGAUACAUGUGUACUACGUUGAAGGCUUGAAAGAAAAUUUGAUUAGCGUAAGUCAGCUAUGCGAUGAUGGUCUGAAAGUAAUCUUCACAAGGACUGAUUGUCAAGCUGUUGAUGAAAAUGGAAACACUGUACUGUGUGGGGUGCGCUCAGGCAAUAACUGCUACAUGUGAAAGGCAUCAGAUAUCUGUUUGUCUGUGUCUGUUAAUGAUCUGGAGCUGUGGCACAAGAGACUUGGACACAUGAACGUUCAGACCCUGAUUAAGAUUGUGAACGCUGGAGUGGUUCGAGGUGUACCAAAACUGGCUGACAAACUGGAGUCUGUAUGCAGUGUAUGUAACAAAGGAAAGCAGAUCAAGGUCAAUUAUAAGAAGGUACCUGAAAUUGAAACUAAAAAGGUACUUGAGCUGAUUCAUAUAGAUAUUAUGGGUCCAGUACAAAUGGAAAGUAUCAAUGGGAAGAAGUACAUCUUUGUGUUGGUAGAUGAUUUUUCAAGGUACACAUGGGUUUAGUUCCUAAGAGAGAAGUCUGAAGCAGUGGAAAGCUUUAAGAUUCUUGCCCUACAACUUCAGAAUGAAAAGGGAAGGAUCAUUCAGAUAAGAAGUGAUCAUGGAAGAGAAUUCCAGAAUGAGAUCUUUGAACAGUUCUGUCAAACGCAAGGAAUCAGACAUCAGUAUUCAGCACCCAGAACACCUCAGCAGAAUGGAAUUGUUGAACAGAAAAACAGAAUACUGCAGAAAAUGGCUCGUGCUAUGAUACAUGGUAAUAACAUCUCUCAAGGUUUCUAGUCAGAAGCAGUUAGCACAGCAUGCUACAUUGUCAACAGGGUUUAUGUGAAACCUGGCACAAAGACCACUUCAUACGAGAUAUGGAAGGGAAAAAAUCCGAAUCUGAGCCAUUUUCGUGUAUUUGGAUGUGUGUGUUAUAUUCUUAAUGAAAAUGAGCACCUCGGAAAAUUCGACUCUAGAAGUGAUGAGGGAAUUUUCUUGGGAUACUCUACAAACAGCUCAGCAUACAGAGUGUAUAGCAAGAGAACCAAGGUAAUUGGUGAUGCUGUCAAUGUGGUCUUUGAUGAUAAAAAUAGAUUUUUGUUACCUCCUGUGCUAGACGAGUACAUAGAAGAAUCUGCAGCAUACGAGUCUCCAGAAGCAUCUGCAGCAGACGAGUCUGCAGAAGCACCUACAUCAAACAAGUCUGCAGAACCACCUACAACAGACGAGUUUGCAGAAGCACCUGCAGCAGACGCACCUGAAACAGCUCUUGAAGAAAAAGUCACUGACAGAGAAGUAUCAUCUGAGGCACAGUCACCUGUUGUACCUUCUACGACAAAGAAACUAGUUGUUCAUAAGUAUCAUUCAGCUGCUGAUGUGAUAGGAGAUCUGAAUGAAAGAACGAGCAGAGGUGUUCAGCUUAACUUCAAAGAAAUGCUGCAGCACUCGUGUUUUGUGUGUUUAGUUGAACCCAAGAAUAUUGCUGCAGCUCUUGAAGAUGAAUUCUGGUAUGGUACAUGUACAGAGGAACUAAAUCAGUUUUCCAGAAAUGAAGUGUGGGAUCUGGUACCUCGACCUACACAGAUAAAUGUUGUGGGCACAAUGUGGAUAUUCAAGAACAAGAUUGAUGAAGAUGGUCAGGAUGUUGAUCAGAAACUCUACAGAGCUAUGAUCGGAAGUCUGCUGUAUCUGAUAGCUAGCAGACCAGACAUGUGUUAUAGUUUUGGUCUGUGUGCCCGUUACCAAGCCUGUCUACGUGUAUCCCAUCUAAAUGCAGUUAAACGUAUUAUCAAAUACGUCAAAGGUACAGUUAAAUAUGGGUUGUCCUAUACCAAGCAUACUAAUCAUAAUCUUGCAGGUUUCUGUGAUGCAGACUGGUCAGGAUGUCUUGAUGGCAGACGAAGCACAUCUGGAGGAUGUUUCUUUCUGGGAAACAACCUGAUCGCUUGGCAUAGCAAGAAGCAGAACUGUGUCUCCAUGUCGUCCGCUCAGGCUGAGUACAUUGCUAUGGGUAGCUGCUGUACUCACCUACUGUGGAUGAAACAAAUGCUUGCAGAUUAUGGUAUGACUUUUGAAAUUCUGUUGAUACACUGUGAUAAUAUAGGUGCUAUUGAUAUUACAAAGAACCCUGUUCAUCACACUCGCACUAAGCACAUUAAUAUUAGGCACCAUUUCAUCAGAGAGCUAAUUGAAGGGAAACUUGUUGAGAUCCAGUAUAUUGAUACUGAGAAACAAUUGGCUGAUAUUUCUACUAAACCACUCGACUUGAGCACUUUCACAUAUUUGCAAAAGUCACUUGGUAUUUGUGAAAACUGACCUGUUUUGUGUCACUAAGGGAUUGUUAGAACAGGUUCACUGCACAGGAGUACAACAGUUUUUUUUUUUUAAUCCCUUGGUUAUUGUGGUACUGACUACAGCAAGAAAAACCUCCUAUUGGCAACUUCCCUCAGAAAAAAAAUUGCUCUACAUACUUGGCUUCGACGAUGUUCAACAGAGAUGACUUUCUUGUCUGCUUUGCAUAUUAAUCUUGGUCAUUGAAAACAAGAGAAAAGAAAAAGAAAACAAAGAAAUGAAAAGAUGAAAUGAUUCUCUUUUGAGUAAAGAGGUAGGAAAAUUUCCUAUGACCUCAUUAUUUUACUUCGAAGGGAUGAUCACACAAAGAUGGAAGCGAGGUUAGGAAAAUUUCCUGUGAUACCACUAUUCGCCUACAUUUUUUGAAUGGAAAAAAAAAGGAGAAAGUUAAAAGGGGAGAAAGUUGUCUUGAGAAUGUUUUCUGGUUUAGUAUGCAGAUGUGUAGACUAGUCUGAGUGAAGCAGUGUGUAUGAAAGCUCCUCAUCAGAGAAAUAGCUACCUCACUGAGCUGGUGGGUUGAAACAUGGUUUUACAGUUCGAUGUGCUUGCUCCUGUGCAUAUCAUGUUACUUCAGGAACUUUGUGUUCACAGGUAUGACGUGAUGCAUUUACUGAGUGACUCAAAAUGAAUUGAAUUUUAAUAUGAUGUUUCGUGGAAAACAAUUCUGGAUCUCUGACAUGGUCACUUCCUGCAUCUGGUUGUUUAGUGGUUGCCUGUGAUAUUCCUGUGCUCAGCAGUGUCAGUCUGUACAGUACAUAGUGCAUGUUAAAACAAAUUUCAAAGCAAGGGUGAAUUGGUUAUCUCACCGGUGAAAACCGGUUUAUGUAUCUUAUUGGAAUUUCGAGUUUUUGAUGCAAUUACAGGUCUGUUUGGUUGUGAAGGAGUUUUAUGCCAAUCUUGCUGAGUUGGAAAUUUGUGUUGACGGUCUUACAUUUGUAUACUGGAUUCCUGGCACAAAUCGAACUACUCUGCGGCCUGAUUGUCUUCUGGUGAUAGGGUCUAGACUGUUGAAGCUCAGAAUGCUGCACCUUCAUUUCAGACAUCAAGGACCUUGCUUCAUGAUGAUCUUGUAGAUCUCCUGGCUGUAGCUACCUGGAUGAAACGUCGCUUGGACGGUAAGUGUUUUUUCUCCUUCAUCUGAUUUUCCUGCAUAACUUGAUGGCUUUUGGUUUUUACAUGAAUGUGCACUCAAGCAGGGGGAGAAUAUGGUAAUUUUGAUGGAGAUCCUGCUGGGGAUCCUAGUGAUGAGGAGACUAGUGGCUGAUUAGUUUAGAUUAGGCCUAGUAAUAAGGGGGAGCAAGUGUGUAGUGUGUCUUUGAAUAUGUUCUAGUGGCUGAUAUGUUUUGCACUACUGUUCUGUAUUUGCUUCUGUUGGGUGUUGAAACUUGAAUAUGUUCCUUUUCAGUUUCUGUUUUGCUAAUGAAUGUUAUUUCAGAAUUCUUUUGAGUUUGAAAUAUACAUUGGUGCUUCUUGGUGUGUAUCUUGGCAAACUAACCCUGACAGGUAGCUCUGGAGCUUAAGGUGUCACAUUCAGGUAAAAAGGGGGAGAUUGAAGACAUAUGGAUGUCGGGCUACAGGAAGAUCCUAUGGAGCACAAGAGAGAGCUGUAUGCGGGAAACUGCGAGACAUUAAAUGAAGAUGACGUGGUAAGCAGUGAUUGGUGAUUGGAAGUUUCCAGAACAUGAAUCUCAAGUUAUUCGGUGUAUUGAAGAUACGAUCAAAUCAAGAAAAGAAGAUUUGGUGUGAUCUCAAGAUUAGGAAAGUUGUUAAUGACACUUGUGUCGUUAACCUAUAUAUUCGCAGUCUAGACUUUAGGUUUAGGUGGGCGUUUAGAAUAUCUCUGUGAAUCUCAAGUACUAGGCUAGAAGCUGUUAGGGAUCUUGGUGAGUGAACAGAGUGUAUGCAUAGCUGUUGUUGUGUUGUGAGUUUGGAUAGAUUAAGAAUUGGUCAGUGACGAGUUGUGUCAACGUCGUGUAAAUCUGAUUAAACAUAUCUUAUAGAUUGUUUAAGUGAUUCUUAAUAAAGGAAAAGAAGUUCUUUUCAAUUGCCUCAACAUCUAUAUAAUAUCAGGGAAUGCCACUAAUCUCAAGGAAUUGUAUCUCUAUAAUUGCUCCAGCUUGGUGAAACUCCCUUUCUCUAUUGGGACUUUCUCUCAUCUCAAGAAAUUUAAGAUAAGUGGAUGCUCAAAUCUGGUCAAGCUUUCCUCUUCCAUUGGGAAUGCCACUGAUCUCAAGGAACUGGAUUUUAGUUUUUGUUCAAGUUUGGUGGAACUCCCUUCCUAUAUUGGAAAUGCUACUAAUCUCGAGUUAUUGGAUCUUAGAGGAUGCUCAAAUCUGGUGCAACUACCUUCCUCUAUUGGGAAUGCCAUAGUUACUCUAGAUAGGUUGGAUUUUAGUGGAUGCUCAAGUUUGGUGGCAAUCCCUUCCUCUAUUGGAAAAGCCAUUAAUCUCAAGUAUUUGGAAUUUAGCGGAUACUCAAGUCUUGUGGAACUCCCCGCCUCAAUUGGAAACCUUCAUAAAUUGUCCUCCUUGACUUUGAAUAGAUGCUCAAAGUUGGAGGUUCUUCCCAUCAACAUCAACUUGCAAUCUCUUGAGGCGCUUAUUCUUACUGAUUGCUCGUUGCUCAAAAGUUUUCCUGAGAUUUCUACAAACAUCAGCUAUCUCGAUCUCAGUGGAACUGCAAUAGAAGAAGUGCCUUUAUCAAUCAGCUUGUGGUCGCGUCUUGAGACAUUACAUAUGUCAUACAGUGAAAACCUCAAGAAUUUCCCGCAUGCUCUUGACAUAAUCACAGACCUUCACUUGAGCGAUACAAAAAUACAAGAAGUUGCUCCAUGGGUCAAGAGAAUCUCUCGUCUUCGCCGACUUGUACUUAAGGGAUGCAACAAGCUCUUAUCACUCCCACAGCUUCCGGAUUCCUUAUCAGAACUAGACGCAGAAAAUUGUGAAUCUCUUGAAAGACUAGAUUGCUCCUUUCUUGAUCCACGUAUUAUUCUCAAAUUCGCUAACUGCUUCAACUGAAUAAAGAAGCGAGAAAUGUAAUCAUCCAGACAUCGACUUGCGAAGUUUCGGUCUUACCCGGUAGAGAAAUGCCAACCUACUUCACUUAUCGAGCUAAUGGAGAUUCUUUGAGAGUGAAGUUAAAUGAGAGGCCUUUCCCUUCAUCCUUGAUAUUUAAAGCUUGCAUCUUGUUGGUUAAUAAUAAUGACGUUGAAACUGGUGAUGAGGACAUUGUGUUUCUAGAUUGUUGCAUUGUGGACAAAAAGAGUAGCGUUGAUGUUCCGUGCAGUCCAAGUAACCAUAUUCUACCUCCCCCUUUAACGGAGCAUCUGUACAUCUUUGAAUUUGAAGCCGAUGUGACUUCCAACGAUCUUUUCUUUGAAUUCAGCAUCAGCAGUGUUAGAUGGGUGAUAAAAGAAUGCGGGGUGCAUAACGUUAAUACCAAAAAGAGAAUGCGGGUAACUCGAAAUCUAAGUCCCUUCACGUUCAAGGACACGAAGAGAACAUCAGAUGUGUUGGUCAAUGGAGGCAGUGAAGUCGAAGAAAAAGUAAAUGGAGAUGAAAGUGAGAGACAAAGAAGGGACAAAAACGAAUGAAGUUUAAUGAUGAGAUUUUAUCCCAUUUUUAAAAGAAUGUGUACUCCAUCUCCCUUAAGUCUCUCCCUGUCGAUGGAACAUCAUAUUAUUUGAUGAUUAUAAAUGGACAUAUCAUGUGAGAUACAAAAUUUCAUAAGAGAAGAAGACACUCUGAUGGAUUGACCCAGUUUUCAACUAAAAGCAUGAAACUAAAUAACAUCUCUGCCUUUUCAGAUAAUUAUACAGGAUGGUCUACGAGGGGAAGCAACGAACUUGGUUUCUCCUACAAAAGAUUCCUCUGUUGAUUGGAUUGAAGAAGGUUCAUUGGCUAAGCAAAACAGAUAACCUUGUACAUGGUACAAGGUAAUUAAAUCCUCACUAUCCUAGUCCUACCAUUGCUAUUGACAUCCACAUCCUACUUUUACGCGCCUAGAGGUAACAAGCCGCUGGCUUCUGAACUUAAGAGUAUGGGAGAUAUUGCCGUGGUGGAAUCUGCAUGUUAGCUUCUUCUUCUUAUGUUUUCUACUUUUCUUUGUUUCAGUCCUUGUUCAAGGAUAAAAACUGAGAAACGUUUUAUAAACUUCAAGAAACUUAAAGAGAUAUAGACGUUAAGUAGAUGGAGAAAAAUACGAUGUUGAACUGAUUUGCCAAUACAUUACAUAACAUCUUCAAACACAUUUUAUAGUAAAAUCCAGAGAACUAACCUUUGAAACAAUAAAGCUCUGUUCAUAACUAAACAUUUUCAAGCUACGCUCUAUUAUAGUGUUUAAAACAAGUCUUUGUAUCGGUAUCAUGUUCUGUUUUCGUGGUUGAAGCCAAUAGGUAACUUCUUAGUACUCUUUGAAGAUCGAAUUUGGUGAAGAUGUAUCCAAAGUCUCUAAAACAUUUAAAAUUGUAUUUGCAUUACACAAAAGUAUUACUCAUGCUUUGUUUAAAUUAAUCCCUCUUUGUAAUCAGAAACCGGUAAUCAAAAAUCGACAUAGUUAUAAUACAACUGUGCAGUAGCAAUGCAUCACUUUUCAUUUCGUACCAACGAUAAAAUCUUUAUUAGGAUACUAAGAUUUAGAAACUGAAAUCAAUCAAGCAGAAGCAACAAGACCACCAUGCUUUAUAGCUUCUCAAGGAUCUCAUCUUUCACCGCACCGACAACACGAUCAAUAAUUCCACCUUCUUUCAUGAAAACCAAAGUAGGCAUUGCCCCAACUUUGAACUCCUUAACAACAGCUUGCUAUUCAUCAACAUCAGUCUUGAAGAAGACAACAUUAGUGAACUUCUUAGCCAUGUCUGCAAAUAUUGGCGCAAUGAAACGACAAGGUAGACACCAUGAUGCUGUGAAGUCUAUCACAAUUUGUUUCAAUCAAAAAAAUUUGAACAAAUCAGAACACAAACAUCAUUCACCACCAAGCUAAAUAAUCAAGACACAUACCCUAAUCCCUAAGUAAAGUAAUCAUAUCAAAUUGAAAAUUCACUAGACAAGCCAAGAGAAAGUACUAGUUUCUAUCACAAAUCAGAAUUCAAACAUCAUUAACCACUAAGCAAACUAAUCAAGAAAACCCUAGACACUAAUUAAAGCAAUCAAAUCAAAUU